CCCCAUCUUCCCUUUUUCUCUCCUAUAUAUUUUCAGCUUCACCAAACACUUCCCUCCUCAAAUCUUAAACACACCCACAAAAACACACACCCAAAAAAAAAACACUACGACUAUUUCAAAAAAAACAUUGUUACUAGAAAUCUUAUUAUGGCAGGAAGAAAUAUAAAAAAUGGUGAAAAUAACAAGAUUGCGGGUUCUUCUCUUCACUUAGAGAAGAACCCAACAACUCCCCCCGAGGCCGAGGCUACCUUAAAGAAGCUCGGCCUCGUGGCUUCAGUAGCGGCCGGGGUUCAGUUCGGGUGGGCUUUACAGCUCUCCCUACUGACCCCGUACGUCCAACUACUGGGCAUUCCCCACACUUGGGCCGCCUACAUCUGGUUGUGCGGCCCAAUCUCGGGGAUGAUUGUCCAGCCAUUGGUCGGGUACUAUAGUGACCGGUGCACCUCCCGCUUCGGCCGACGUCGCCCCUUCAUUGCAGCAGGGGCGGCUCUAGUGGCCGUAGCGGUGGGGCUAAUCGGAUUCGCCGCCGAUAUCGGCGCAGCGUCGGGUGAUCCAACGGGAAACGUGGCAAAACCCCGGGCCAUCGCGGUGUUUGUGGUCGGGUUUUGGAUCCUCGACGUGGCUAACAACACCCUGCAAGGCCCAUGCAGGGCGUUGUUAGCAGACAUGGCCGCCGGGUCGCAAACCAAAACCCGGUACGCUAACGCCUUCUUCUCCUUCUUCAUGGCGUUAGGAAACAUCGGAGGGUACGCCGCCGGUUCAUACAGCCGCCUCUACACGGUGUUCCCCUUUACCAAAACCGCCGCCUGCGACGUCUACUGCGCCAAUCUAAAAUCCUGCUUCUUCAUCUCCAUCACACUCCUAAUCGUCCUCACAAUCCUAGCACUUUCCGUCGUAAAAGAGCGUCAAAUCACAAUCGACGAAAUCCAAGAAGAAGAAGACUUAAAAAACAGAAACAAUAGCAGCGGUUGUGCAAGACUACCGUUCUUCGGACAAUUAAUAGGCGCUCUCAAAGAUCUACCAAAACCAAUGCUAAUCCUAUUACUAGUAACAGCCCUAAAUUGGAUCGCAUGGUUUCCAUUCUUGUUGUUCGAUACUGAUUGGAUGGGUAAAGAAGUGUACGGUGGUACAGUCGGAGAAGGUAAAUUGUACGACCAAGGAGUUCAUGCCGGUGCCUUAGGUCUGAUGAUUAACUCCGUUGUCUUAGGUGUUAUGUCGUUGAGUAUUGAAGGUUUGGCUCGUAUGGUAGGCGGUGCUAAAAGGUUAUGGGGAAUUGUCAAUAUUAUUCUUGCUGUUUGUUUAGCUAUGACGGUGUUAGUUACUAAGUCCGCCGAACACUUCCGUGAUAGCCACCAUAUUAUGGGCUCCGCCGUCCCUCCGCCGCCGCCUGCUGGUGUUAAGGGUGGCGCUUUGGCUAUCUUUGCCGUUCUUGGUAUCCCUCUUGCGAUCACUUUCAGUAUUCCUUUCGCCUUGGCGUCAAUCUUUUCAGCAUCUUCCGGUUCAGGACAAGGUCUUUCUCUAGGAGUUCUCAACCUCGCCAUCGUUGUACCCCAGAUGUUUGUGUCGGUAACAAGUGGGCCAUGGGAUGCAAUGUUUGGUGGAGGAAAUUUGCCAGCAUUCGUGGUGGGAGCUGUAGCAGCAACAGCCAGUGCAGUUCUUUCAUUUACAUUGUUGCCUUCACCACCCCCUGAAGCUAAAAUUGGUGGGUCCAUGGGUGGUCAUUAAGAAAUUUAAUACUACUCCGUACAAUUUAAACCCAAAUUAAAAAUGAAAAUGAAAAUUUUUAACCCAUGUUCGUUACGUUGUAAUUAGAGAGAAAAAUGAUAUAUUGAACGAAGCCGUUAAUUUAUGCUCCGUUCAUCUUGUAAUUCUUUUUCUCUCUGCUUUUUUUUUUUUAACGCGACGUGUUUUUGAGAUAAGGAAGGGCUAGAAGCUAGAUCGAGGAUGGGGGAAUUGGCAAGAAAUUGCUCGGGUAUAAAUAUUUAUCCCUCUUUGUAAUUUUCAGUAACAUUUAAUAGCCAGAAAUCAAAAAGUCAAGAAAAAUCGAAAGGUCUUCAAUUUUAUUCUCCGUGUAAUUGUUUCUUUUAAAUAUGACACAAAUGAGAAUGUUCGUUGUACAACCAAUA